UUAGGCCAAUAAAGUAAGAAUGUUACAAAAAUUAUUGAUUUUUUGUGUUCUUAGUAUAGUUUUAGCUGAAAAAGUUAGAUACGAUGACUAUUCUCUGUAUAAGAUCCAUCCAGACAAUGAAGGUCACUUGAAUUUUUUGAGUGAGCUUCAAAAAGAGAAUGAUGGAGUGCAUUUUUGGAAAACGCCUUUUCAAGUUGGAGAUUAUGCCAGCGUUGUAGCAUCACCUGAGAAGAAAGAGUAUCUAGAACAUUCGCUCAGAAAACGAAGCAUCAACUAUGAACUGAUGAUGGAAAAUAUUCAACAGGCGUUCGAUGAUCAAAUCAUAAGCAGGAAGAAGCGUGACACGAGAAAGGAGUUAUUUUGGACUAACUUCCAAACAAUGAGUGACAUUUACGAAUGGUUUCAACACCUCGCUAAUACGCACAGCGAUAUGGUCUCUAUUAUUCGCGCAGGACAAUCUUACGAAGGUAGAAAUAUCACUGGAGUAAGGAUAUCUCGAGGUUCCAGAUCAAACCGUCCAGUCAUCUUCGUGGAAGCUGGUCAAGUGGGUGCAGAUUGGCUGUCUCCAACAGUGGUCACUUACCUGGUAGAUCAGUUAGUACGAGGGGUUGAUACUGAAGCUAGACAAGCCUCGGAGGACUUUGAAUGGCACAUCUUUCCGAUACUUAACCCUGAUGGUCAUGAAUUUUCACAGGACUCUGAUCGACUUUGGAUCAAAAGCCGAAGACCCACUAUCGGUUCAGCGAUUGGUGUUGAUUUGAGUAGAAACUGGAACUCUCACUGGGGAAUUAUCGGAGGUAGUUUUGUACCAAUAGACCACAACUAUAUUGGCCUCGGGCCAUUCACAGAAGUGGAAACACGUUCCGUGUCACGCUAUAUCGAAAGCAUUAGUUCAAGACUAGUCAGUUCGCUGUCAUUCAGAGCUUUUGGUCAACGACUCCUAAUCCCAUUCGCCCACAGCACCAGCCCGAUGUACAACUACAAUGAAACGGUUAUAAUUGGAAGGCGAGCAAUGGGAUCUUUAUCCGUCCGAUAUCAAACACUGUUCACUGUGGGGACUUCAAGGACAGUUCACGAUGGUGCAACUGGUUCCAUAGCUGAUUGGAUCAAGCACCGCUUCAAUCCACCAGUGGUGUUCACUUACCAGCUAAGAGACCAAGGUGCUUGGGGCUACACUCUACCCGUGAAUCAAGUACUGCCAUCUUGCGAGGAAACCUUCGACUCAGUUAUGGCCAUCAUCAGAGAGGCUAAAUUUAUAUUUAAUUCAAUUUUAUUAAUUUCAUUUGCAUCAUGUGAAAAAAUUCGUUUUGAAAACUACACGUUAUACAAAAUUUUUCCUGAAAACGGUGAACAAAUCAAAAUUCUUCAAGAUAUAAGGAAUAAUGAUGUGCGAUACGACUUUUGGACUGAACCUAUGGAGGCAUUAGGCUUUCUUAGUGUUAUGUCUAGUCCUCAAGAUAAAAAUUACUUGGAAGAUUUGUUGAAUCGGAAUCAAAUAAAAUAUGACGUAAAAAUUAGGAAUGUUCAAGAACUUUUAGAUAAAGAAACUGUACGAACUAUUAAAUCCAAUAAUAUAACCGAGAUGAAAUGGGAUGCUUACUACGGACUCGCAGAUAUUAACAGCUGGUUGUCCAAUUUAGUUACUGCCCAUGGAGACGUCGCAAGCUUAGCCAUUGGGGGUCAAUCUUAUUAUAUGAGACCCAUAAUUGGUAUGAAGAUCUCCCACGGUCCAGGGCGGAGAGCGAUAUUCAUAGAAGGCACCAUGCAUGCAAGGGAAUGGAUCACUACAACUGCUGUUUGUUAUAUCAUCAACGAGCUUCUUACAAGUAAUGACACAGAUACGAGAGCUGCCGCUCGCGAAUUUGAUUGGUAUAUAUUCCCAGUAACAAAUCCUGAUGGCUAUUUAUAUAGUCAUGAAGAGAAUCGGAUGUGGAGAAAAAAUAGGCGAUACAUUACUGGAACUCAUUAUGGUGUUGACCUAAAUCGAAAUUGGAAUAGUAAUUGGCUAGUUGCAGGAUCUAGUACUAAUCCGGCCAUGGACAACUACGCAGGCCCGGGGCCUUUUUCUGAGACAGAAACUAGAUCUUUAUCAACUUAUAUCAACUCGAUAGGUGAUCAAAUUGAACUGUUCCUGUCCUUCCAUUCUUUCGGUCAACUAUUGCUGGUACCAUUUGGAAACUCUACGGAACCGUAUGCCAAUUAUAAUGAUGCGAUAAACAUUGGAAGACGUGCAAUGGGUGCACUAUCAGUUAGACACGGCACACAAUACGUCACUGGAAACAUCGCUGAGGCUAUAUAUAUGGCAACGGGAGGCUGCAUCGACUGGGUGAAGGAACGAGUGAGGAUACCACUGGUAUAUUGUUAUGAACUCCGUGAUAGAGGUAAUUAUGGAUUCCUCCUCCCCGAAGAUCAGAUCCUCCCCAAUAACCAAGAAGUCAUGGAUUCAGUACUAGAAAUGGUUUACCAGGCCAAGAGAUUCGGAUAUAUGGCUACAAGUGGCGUACAAACACAAAUGUACACAAAUACAUUAUUGAUGUUCAUAAUCGUUGGUUUAGCAUUUUUUUUAUGAAUGUAUUGUUUGUGUUUUACUUGAUUACUAAUUUUAAUAAUUAGCUCAUAAGAUUUGAGUAGGUUAAU